CAGAGAGGGAAACCUUAAUACCCAGACACCCUGACAUCAAGACUUUCACCAAGUCGCUUCAACAGAAAUCUGACCAUGAAGCCGGUUUCUGUCCUCGUCCUCCUCUUGGCUCCGGUGUUGACCAGCUGCUACAAAGUUGUCUUCCCGCUGGACUGCAGCGACAUCUAUUACAACGACAGGAGCCGACCCAGCGGAGCGUACGCCAUCUAUCCCAUCGGACCCACAUCUGGUGUCCAGGUGCACUGUGACAUGGACUCUCUGGGCGGACGGUGGACGGCCUUCCACAGGAGGAUGGACGGCUCUGUGAACUUCUACCGGCCCUGGAAUUACUACAAGACGGGCUUCGGCAGCGCUGCUGGAGAGUACUGGCUCGGUCUCGAGACUCUCUAUAACUUGACUCUGAGGAAGAGGUACGAGCUGCUGGUCGACAUGGAGGACUUCAGUGGAAACAAAGCGUUCGCUCGUUACUCCGCGUUCUCCAUCGACUCAGAGUCCCACGGAUACACACUGCAUGUGUCUGGAUUCAUUGAUGGGGGGGCAGGAGACUCCCUGAGCGCUAAUGACGGAUUUAAGUUCUCCACCUUCGACAGAGACCAGGACACUUAUGAGGGCGGGAACUGUGCCAAAAGGUAUCUGGGGGCGUUCUGGUACAGAAGCUGUCACUCUACAAAUCCAAACGGGGUUUAUCGUUGGGGGGCUGAUGACACGAUCUCUCAUAUUGGGAUGGAGUGGUCCACCUGGAAAGGUUAUGACUACUCCCUGAAGUCCCUCAGCAUGAAGAUCCGUCCUGCGCAGUAGCUCUCCAGGACCGACAUACAGCAGGACAUCAGACGAUUUUAUUUACUCUUUUCGCUCUGUAGUAUGUAAACUCACAUGAUCUUUAGAUGGAAACAGAGAAAAUUAAUCUCGAUGUUGACGAGUGUGUUUACUGCGAACAUAAUUGCAGCAAAGGCAAAAAAGAUAAAUAAACAAUUACAACUUCGCAAUUGUGUGUUUUCACAAACCAGUCGCACUUUCAGUUUCCGUCCAUGUCUGUGAAAACAGACGCAGUUUACAGAUUAGUGUCAACAGUUCAGCAUCUGAUCAAAUGUCUCCCUUUUCUGUUCCUAUAAAACGUCAUAAGUCCAAGUCCAAAUGAGCGUUUGUGCUAAAUUUAAAGAAAUUCCCUCAUUCUUGAGGGGUUUUCCUGAGAUAUCAGUUUCACGAGAAAGGAAACCUUAAUAAUGCCUCCGGCCUCAGAUAUCGCCGGCGUGGAGGCAUAACAAAGAAAACACAGAUAUAUAGAACAUUUUUUUAAAAAGAAAAAAAGUUUCUCGACCCAGUCAACAUGUAAACUGAAGAUCAAUAGUUCACAAAAAUAUUUCAACUUAUGUUUUAAAGUGUGUAAAUUCUGUCAAACAGCUGCCGGUGGAUAAAAAUGCCUCUGCUGGUUAAGAUGUUACGUUCAGUCUGCUAACUGCAGCAAAACACUCGACCACGUUUCCACCUCGAUGGAGGUUUGAAACUGUGAUGUGAAUGAUUACCAGCUGUAAAGUGACAAUAAAAGAAAAGUGGAGCAGAAAA